UUUGGUAACAUCUCGCGUAUCUCCUAGAGUUGCUAGGUCGUUCUCGAUAUAAACUUCUAACCACAAGCCUACCAUAAACUGCAUCCCCCACCAGAACUAUGGCUCUAGUAAUGAUCACAGCUAUAGCCCUUCUGGCAGUCAUAUUCAUGGCUUCAUUUGUUGGGCUGAUGGUAAUUUGCAAGCACAAGUGUGGAAAACUCGAUUUCACGGCUCAACGAAGCGAAGCAGGAUAUCCCAAGAGAGUUUCAAACAAAAAGCAGGUGGAACUCAUUGGUGCUAAUUUUAACAUAAAUGCAGACUUUGGACGUUGUCUUUCCAAUGAAGAUCUGUCUGGAAUUUUUCUGGAUCCUGAUUGGCAAGGAGAUGCAGAAAGACUCAUUGGUCACUGUGUGGAACUUCUAAAGACAUGCCAUGAAUUGACUGAAAAACUGGUAGCGUAUACAGUAGAGAAUGGACCCAAGAUAAAAUCCCAGGAUGGCAUGAAGCAGAUAAUGGCAUCAGCAAGACAUAUUGGUCCAAAGGUUGAUGAAUUGGUGGAAGCCAUGUACACUCCCUCAGACUCCAGACAAAUUGAGGAAAAGUCAAGUGCUCUAUACCUUGCAGUACACCUAUUGCUACAGGUGAUCAAAAGCGUAUCUGAUCAACCAGAGCAGUUACAUUGGGCAGAUGAUGUUAUUCACUUGAUUGAGCAACAUAUUGAGGAAAUGAGGAGAGACAGUCAGCCUGACCCAAAUCUACUUGAAGCUGUUGGUAAUGCAUGUCGUAAAAAUGAGCCAGUGACUGGUAGCAAACAAAGUCGGUGUUUUGUAAACAGGACCUUCCUUGCAUAAACAACUAUUAAUUAUUGUGAUAUGUAGCUCGUAUAGAAAAUGUACAGAAAUAAUCAAAUAUGACAUAUAAUUUUAUUGAUUUUUUUUUUUUUCCUAAAAAUUUUAAAAUUAUUUUGGUAUUCUAUGCAUGUUCAUGUGUAAAUUAAAUGCAAUACUGUAUGCUAGAAUUUUAAAUUUCAAUUUUAUUCAUUUCUAAAUUAUAUAUUACAAUAUAAUCUAUUUGGAGUUUAAAGCAUGCUUAGAAUGUUCUCUAUUAGAGACUAAAUUGAUUAAAAUGAUAAAUCUAAAAUCAAGAAAAACGUAAAGUUGACCUAAUUUUUUCACACUUUACACACUUUUCAUGAUCAAAAAGCAGAUUGCUGAAUAGAAAGAGGCAGGAUAAAGUGUAAAAGAACAGAUUCCUAAACAAAACAUGGCUGUAGGGAAAUAUAUAUAUAUAUAACUAUGUGUAAUAAAUACAUAAUUUACCUUU